AUGAUGAUCCAGCAAGGCGAGCCUUCUGGAGCAAGAAAGCUCUCGGGCUACCUCCGAAAGGUGGGGGGGAAUCCAAGCUGGUCUGGGAAAUACCAGGGGCCACGUGUUCAGUCCUCGCCAGUGUAUUCUCUAGUAACAGGGCCUGAUUCUUCGCCACUUCGCGGACUUGAAUGUCGCGCGCGCACCAAGAGCUUCGAUAGAGAUAGCACUGCUGCUGCUGCUGCUGCCACAUCCGCGGGGGCGACUGCGGUGCUCGAGCAGGAGGUGCUUUUUGAGACGUCCCAAAAGGUGCUCCAGCAGCAGGACGUGCCGCGGCAGCAGCAGCAGGAGGAGGGGCAGGCGUGCGGGGUGGGCAUCCUGCCGUUCCUAGAGGGAAAGCACGUGCUCAUCACGGGCGCGACGGGCUUCAUUGGGAAAGGUGCGGCUUCUGGUGGUCACGGUGUGGUCACGGGCUUCAUUGGGGUGCUUGUUCGUGUGUUGGUGGAGAAGAUACUGCGCGAGCAGCCGCGCGUGGGGCAGCUGUAUCUUCUCAUCCAACCCACAGCCCGCGCCACCGCAGCGCAUCGCCUCACGCAACAGCACACAACAUAUCCCUCCCUCUCCUCCUGCAUUCCCCCUACCCAGGUCGUCCCGUCGCCCGUGUUCUCGCUGCUGCGCGAGCGGCAUGGGGAGGGGUACGGGGCGUUCAUGGCGGGCAAGCUGACGGCCGUGCAGGGCAACGUGGGGGAGGACGGGCUGGGACUGCCUGCCCACGCCGCUGCUGCUCUGCAUGACUCGGUCGAUCUGAUCUUCAACUUCGCCGCCACCGUUGACUUUGAAGCCGAGUAUGACGUGGCACUCAAUAUCAACACCAUGGGCCCGCGGCGGGUGCUAGCCUUCGCCAAGAAGUGCCGGAGGCUUCAAUUGCUGGUGCACGUGUCCACUGCCUAUGUGAACGGGCAGCGCGAGGGGAGAUGCAUGGAGCGCCCCUUCUCUCCGGGCGACAGCAUUGCUGCUGAGAUGCUCGCCUGCUCUCCCACCCCCUCCGCCACCACUGCUGUCGCUGCUGCUGCUGCUGCUGCUGUUGCUGCUGCUGUUGCUGCUACUUCCCCUGCUGCUGCUGCUGCUUCUUCUGCUGCAGCUGCUGAUUUUGCUGCUGCUGCUGCUGCUGCUGCUGCUCCUGCUGCUGCUGCUGCUGCUGCUCCUGCUGCUGCUGCUGCUGCUGCUGCUCCUGCUGCUGCUGCUGCUGCUGCUGCUGCUGCUGCUGCUGCUGCUGCUGCUGCUGCUACGGCUGCCACCACUGCUGCUGCCGCUGCUGCCACGUCCCCUGCGGCAACCUCGCAAGUCCCUGUGCUGGACCUGGAUGAGGAGGUCGCACUGGCGGUGAGGGAGCGAGCGGCGGUGGAGGCAGGGGCCAAGGCGAGAGGGGCGAGUGCAGAGGAAGUGGCAGCGGCGGUGGAGGCGCACAUGUCCGCCCUGGGUGCCGACAGGGCGCGUACCUUUGGGUGGCAGGAUGCGUACACGCUGUGCAAGGCAAUGGGGGAGAUGGCGCUGGUGGAGCAGCAGGAGGGGGCGGAAGGGGAGGGGGAGGUGGGGGGGAAGGCUGGGGGAGAAGCGCGUGUGCCGGUGGUGGUGGUGCGGCCCAGCAUAGUGGAGAGUGCACUACACGAGCCCAUGCCUGGAUGGAUCGAAGGCUUUCGGGUGGCGGAUCCAGUGCUGAUGGCGUUUGCCAAGGGGGAGAUACCGGGCUUCCACGCUCCGCCACACGGCAUCUGCGACAUUAUUCCAGUGGACCUACUAGCCAACGCUAUCCUUGCCAUUGCUGCCAGCAAUGCAAAGCCACCACGGAGUGCCAUUCGACCCACUUCCAAGCACCAUCUGCCCCGUGUCUACCAUGUGACGUCUUCGGAUGCUAACCCGCUGUGCUUCAACGAACUGUUUGCUGCCACCACCAAGCAUUUUGCUGCCAAUCCCAUGAAGCGGAAGGAUGGGACUGCAAUCUCUGUGUCCCAUAUGAUAGCCUUUCCAUGGCCCGUGCUCUUCAUGGCUGCUAUUUGGUUUCAGUAUGAACUGCCCAGGCUUUUGGUGACACUUGACCCUAGAAAUGGACCAGCACAGAAGCAGCGACAGGCUGCAAAACUGACCAAGAGGCACAAUCAAUACAGGCGCUUAGCUAAGCUGUACAUGCCUUACUGCUUCGGGAAGGCACUGUUUGACUCCAGCAACAUGGAACACCUGUUCUCUGCAAUGUCACCUGAAGAGCAGCACAAGUUCAAUUUCAACGUUCGUAACAUCAACUGGAACCACUACCUGUGCCAUGUUCACUUCCCUGGCUUGCGCAAGUUCGUUCUGAAGGAAAAGGCCCUUAAAUAA